UCUGUUUCUGUGGGGAACAGAUUUGUUUUAACUUUCAUAUAGUUUAGUUCAAUUUUAUCUAAUCUAAUCAUUAGUGUUUUGUGUGAGUUUGUUAGUAGUACCAUGCGAUGUUUUAACAUAAUCAUUUUGACUACCUAAAUGGACCCCUAACAUACUAUGUAAAAUGAAUACUCCUCUACCAGCACCACGUACAGUAAGUAAUGAAGUGAAGAAACCAGUACCAACUCCAAGAAGGACUAAAAUAACUGCAAAUACAAGCAAAAACUUUGAUGACAGUUCAUUCUCCAGAAAGGCAAGACAAAAAUUAGAAGACCUUGGUGAAGGGACCAGACAAAGCUUAAGGAAACUGUCUAGAAGAUUCAGUUCAGCCAGUUCAAAGGAAAUUAUAAAUGAAUCUAAAGAUGAAGAGUUAGAACCUGAAUCAUUGGAAAUAUUCAACUCCAUAACAUUUAACUCACCACUGUCAAAGAACACUGAAAACAUAUACAACAAUAUUGAACCUGAAGAAGACAACUUGUCAAAUGAUUCAACCAGUCUGCCUCCUCCAACACAUCCUCCUCCACCAUUACCAGAUGAAAGUGCUUAUGAUGCACCCUCAUCAAUUGCUUCCAAUAGUACUAGUGCAUCAACAAGUUCAAAUUCCACAAACCACUUCAAACAUGACUAUGAAACUGUUUAUCCAAAACCCAAUUCUAAUGAAUUUGUGGUGGCAGAUGACAGUGGAGUUGAACAAAGCCUGUCCAGGUCUGGAUCAUGGAAGUUUUAUGAUUCUGUUGCAAAGAGUUCUGAAGAUGGUGGAGAAAUAAAAUCACCAACACCUGUGCCAGAAGAAAGCAAUGUUGAUGAAAGUUGUGUAUUGUUAAGGCCAUCUGUAGUCUUAAAUGCAAGGAAACCCAGUGACAGUGAUGAUAGUGUUGAUCAAUCAGUUUCUAGUGUCAGUGGAGUACAUACAAAUUCAGUGUAUGAAAACUAUGUGCCACCUAAUUUAAGGAAACCAUCUAAAAGUAUUAUCUUCCAAUUUGAUCCUUUGACUUCUAAGGCAGAUGAAUCGCAAGUUCAAUAUAGUAACAUGGACAACAUGAAACUACUGGAGCAGUUUUUGCAUGAUGAUAUAUAUGGAACUACUACAGGGGACACAUUGGACUCUUGGAGUUUGUCAACUGAAUCAAUUGAAGAAGAAUUCCUUCACGUCCCAACACCUCCUACACGAGUUGACUCUCUUCCGGAAGUUGAACAAACUCCCCCUGACAAUGCAAGAUCUAGUUCUCAAUGGUUCGAUAGUGAAACACCAGUUAAUAAUAACAAUAACAAUAGCCAGGUUUUAAACAAAAAAGAGCCGUUGAUUAAAAAGUUCCUAAAUCCAAUUCUAAAGAAUCUUAAGUCAAACACUGACGAUAACGUUGUAAAACAACCUGAAAUUUUUGUAAACCGUAUGGUACAAAGGAAAGGGCGGUUAUUUAAAGUGCAAAAUAAUCCAGUAGAAGAUCUAUUUAAGGAGUAUAGCUCCAGAUGGUGCGUUUUGGAAAAUUCAAAACUAAUUUGCUACUCGGAUCCGACGUGUGGUAGCAUCAAAGAAUACUUCGAUGGAAAAAACAUUCUUAGCGUUCAAAUUAUUCAAGAUUCGAAGUACAAAUAUCGCCACAACAAUAACGAUCUUCAUUGUUUAGAAAUAAAUGUGAAGGGCAAAACCAGAGGAGGUCAUAUAUAUGGCACUCGGCAUAUAAGUGAAAUAAGAGUGUGGUUACAAGCCAUUGCAGACAGCUUAAGUUCUAAAUUUCCGACUGUGAUUACCAGUGAUUACACUCGGUUCGGAUGGGCCUACAUCCGAGAAGGUCUUAGCGGUGUUUGGUCUGGGGCGUGGAUUUGUCUCAAAGAUCGCACUUUGUAUUAUGCGUGUGAUAAGUACACUUCACCAAAAAAUAUUGAUUUAAGAAAAGCGAGAUGCAUAGUGCUACAAGCAUAUCAAGAAGGUGACAAAUUUCCUUCUACCAAUGACAAAGGACCAAUAAUGUUAAUUAAUUGCCCCAAUUUAGAAUUAUACUUUCGCAUGUGGACGUCUAGAGAAACUAAGAUGUGGUGCCAUUUAAUUAAACUCGCAGCACAUAACAAUGGGGCAAAUUUAGACGAGCAACAGUUAACUAAACAUAACAUACCUGUGAUAGUAGAAACGUGUAUGAACUUCAUAUAUCUACAUGGAAGUAUGAUGGAAGGCAUUUAUCGGAAACCAGGUAUAAAUUCGGCAAUUACCGAAAUAUUAACCAGUUUUCGAAGUGAUGCGUUUUCGGUUCACUUAAAUGCUGAAAAAUAUUCAGCAAAUGAUGUUGCUACAGCCUUAAAGCGAUUUUUUAGAGACUUGCCUCAACCUUUAAUUAGUACCGACAAACGACAAUAUUUAUAUCAAGUAUCGAAAUCAAAUAACAAAGAUGAAAAGAUUAGAAUGUUUAAGGCAAUUUUAGAAGAACUUCCGGAAAUAUCAUAUAAAGUGACCCGAAAAAUUUUAGGACAUUUACAUUUUAUUAGUACUCAGAGGGAACAAAAUUUGAUGACAAUUGUUAACUUGGCUUCUAUUUGGGGCCCAACUCUAUUACAUUCUGAUGGAAUAAAUUCUAAGACUUCUCAAAUCGACACCGACAUUGUGAGCCAGCUAAUUGAACUUUGCCAUGAUAUAUUCCCCGAAGACCAGUCACAGCUAGAUAAAGAAAAGGCAAUACUACAGGUUUUGAAAAAAUAUUCUACUUCGCCUCAGUUUGAGAAUCAGAAAAAUUCUGGGGACCUAAGAGUUUGGAUAUACCUGUUUAGCAUUGAGGAUGGCACUUCAGUUAAUAUUGCGGUGGGACCUAAUAAAACGGCGUUUGAUGUCGCAUCGGAAUUAUGCGAAAAAGUUAAAAUGAGAAGUGAUGAACUAAUUAUUAAGGAAGUUGUCCUGGAUGGUAAAUUGCAUAGACCAGUGCAUCACACUGAAAAGAUAUUGGAAGUUGUAUUAAGAUGGGCCAAUUGGGAUGAGGCAGACCGUAAAAACAAUCACCUAGUGUUAACCCGAUUUAGUGACUAUGGCAGUUAUUUCAAAAACGACACACCGACAGCUCCAUCAGGGUUAUUGAAAUUUGCCGAUCCACGAACUAGAUUCUUCAGAGAGUUUCAGUUUGAUUUUUCUGCAGCUAAGUUAAGAUGUUACAAAGACACGACGGAAUUAUCCACAUGGAAAAUAGAAGAAAUAAUAUGGUAUCUUGGACAUGAAUCUAAAAGAAAUCCUAGUAGCAAAUGGUCAAUAACGUUUAUCGAUAAAGAGUCCCAUCCGAAUCGAACAAGGAGCAGUCCUUAUUUUGGAAACACUUUGAUUUGGAACGAUGAUGCAACUAGAAGUGAAUGGAUUCGGGCGAUGUUAAAAGCCCAGUACGGAACUAAUUUGUUACCUCCAGUACGGCAUAUUAAUUUAUCAUAAAUAAGUGAUUGUGAUCUCAGAAAAUAUUGAAUUGAAGUCUGUUUUAUUUAGUUACCAUUUGACCGGUAUUUUUAUAUUGACAAUAUACACUGUGGUUAAUUUUAAUAAUAUGUGAUUGCAGUUUCAAAUUUGAUGUAUGAGUUUUAGUCAUAAUCACAACAUAAAAUUCUAAUCGUAAAUGCGUUUGUAUCCAUAUCAAAUGUUUGCUAUUAUAUGAUUUCUAAAUAUUAAAUAAAAUGUGAUAAAAUGCCUUAGAAUUAUAAUUGAAAGAAACGGUUCUAUUAAUUAUAAAGUUUAUACUAUUAUAUUAUUGUAUAUUUAUUGACUAUAUUGUAUUUUUAAAAAUUAUUUUAAUUUUAUAUCACAACAUUAUACAUUUAUAAUAAUGUAAUUGUGAGUAUUAGUAAAUCAGAAAUAUAACAGUUCCAAAUAUUUGUUCUAUUGCAGUUUAUAAAUAUCACAACAUAAAAAUAUAAUCCAUAAUAUAUCUAAUUUUCGUAAAUAUUUUGUACAUUUAAAUAUUUUAAUCUAAUUACGUAUUUACUGGUCUACAAAACUCAAUAUUAAACAGCAGUAUUCGCAUAUUAGUUAUUGUAAACUGAAUGAUUAUACAUUUGUAUUUAUUUUAUUGUACUUGUUUACUGUUUCAAUGUUAAACUAUUUCACUUAUUCACUAUUGUCAAUUUUCUUGCCAGUAGCAAAGCAGAUUUUAGUGUAAAUAAAUGUAACAAUAUAUUGCAUUUUUUAUAAUUUAUAAAAUACUGAUUGUUAUCUUUGAAUUCUGGAAUUCAAUUUUACAGUUUUAAAUAUAGUGUGCCUAUUGAUAAAUCCGUUACAUGUAUAUUUUACUACUUAUAUAUUGUAUUGACAUGUAUUUAUGUAUUUGUAAUAAAUUGAACAUUUAUUGAAAUAUAUAUUUUAUACUUAC